GUAUUCGCCAGCCAAUCGUUGUCAGGAGACGUUUUCAAUCGAUCGAUAAAGCCGAGUAAACCACUUCUUGAUAGGAAUGAGCAUCUACAGGUCCACCGCACGAAAUAGACACGCCACGGUCGGUCAGUCCUCUAUAUACACACUCCAGCUGAUAAAAGGGUUACCUGGAGUAACAUGGCCACUUCCGCCAGUGCCGUGCUGAGCAAGACUGUGAAGAAGCAGUUCUUGGACCUCCCGCAGGGAGAUAAAGUCCAGGCCAUGUACAUCUGGAUAGACGGUUCUGGGGAGGGACUCCGCUGCAAGACACGGACGCUGAACUCCGAACCUAAGACCAUCGAUGAGUUGCCAGAGUGGAACUUUGAUGGCUCCAGCACCCAUCAGUCGGAAGGGUCCAACAGCGAUAUGUACCUGAUCCCGGUGGCCAUGUUCAGAGACCCCUUCCGCCAAGACCCCAACAAGCUGGUCCUGUGUGAGGUCUUCAAGUACAACCGCAAGCCGGCUGAGACCAACCUGCGCCACAUCUGUAGCAAGGUGAUGAGCAUGUCAGAGGUGGCAGACAAGCAGCCGUGGUUUGGCAUGGAGCAGGAGUACACCCUGCUGGGCACGGACGGCCACCCCUUCGGCUGGCCCUCCAACGGCUUCCCGGGGCCCCAAGGACCCUACUACUGUGGGGUGGGCGCGGACAAGGCCUACGGUCGGGACAUCGUGGAGGCGCACUACCGAGCAUGUCUCUACGCCGGCGUGGAUAUCUGUGGCACGAACGCAGAAGUCAUGCCCGCGCAGUGGGAGUUCCAGGUGGGUCCUACAGAGGGCGUCAACAUGGGCGACCACCUGUGGGCGGCCCGCUUCAUCCUGCAUCGCGUCUGCGAGGACUUUGGCGUGGUCGUGUCCUUCGACCCCAAACCCAUCACCGGGAACUGGAACGGCGCCGGCUGCCACACCAACUUCAGCACCAAUGACAUGAGGGCCGAGGGCGGUCUGAAGGCCAUCGAGGACGCCAUCGAGAGGCUGUCCAAGAGGCACACGUACCACAUCCGCACGUACGACCCCAACGGGGGCCUGGACAACGCCCGGCGUCUGACGGGACACCACGAGACCUCCAGCAUCCACGAGUUCUCCGCCGGCGUGGCUAACCGCGGCGCUAGCAUUCGCAUCCCGCGCGCCGUGGGCCAGGAGAAGAAGGGCUACUUCGAAGACCGCCGUCCGUCCGCCAACUGUGACCCCUACGCGGUGACCGAGUCUCUGGUGCGCACCUGUCUACUUAAGGAGGAGGGUGACGCGCCAACAGUUUACAGCAAGUGAAAGACUCCGCCACAGUGGCCUCUAUAUCUUAGUGUUUGGGGUUCUUCAGCCCAACUACUUAACUUUCUUGUGUAUUGAAUGUAGCUAUCCUAAAAUAGUGCAACUCCAUGAGUUGGCGGUGAGCCUUUCUAUAAAGAACAAGGGAUAGCAACAUGGUAGAAUAUAAAUGUUUUCAUACUGCCGUUCUAUAGUAGAUUGUUCUAUAGUCCUUUACCGCGUGUUCCGGUACGUUGAAUAGUCGUUAGUUUUCGCAGGAUAUUGCAGCAGAUCACUUGACACCCUGAACCAAAGAGUUGCGAAUGUUUGUACUGCUGGGGUGGCACCCCUGCGAAACGUUAAAACUAAUGAUAUAACAUUCCGCGAGUCAGCCAAACACUAAAGUUUUCUAAUGUCAUUUUUUUGGUUUAUCAGAUUUGAUCCUAAUAAAGAUCAAAUAUAUUUUAA